GUGAGUUCCAGGGAUGCCGGAAUAGCGCGCCCGUUUUUUCGAAAGAGCCGGGCGCGUUUAAAGCCGGGGCGAGUUGGAGAAGGUCCUAGACCCGGAGAUUUCUUCGGAGCCAGAGAAAGCUGCCCCCAGCAAGGUCGCUCAUAAAAUGAUCGCGCUCACGGAGGCGCUGCGGAAAUUCCAAGUGGACGUGACGCUGGACCCCGACACGGCCCCCCCCCGCCUGGUCCUGUCGCCGGAGGGCGAUGGGGGGCGGGGGGAGGACACCCGCCAGCCCGUGCCCGACAGCCCCAAGCGGUUCGACGCCUCCCGCUGCGUGCUGGGCCGGGAGGGCUUCUCGGCCGGCCGGCACUACUGGGAGGGGGCGGUGGAGGCCGGGGACGCCUGGGCCGUGGGGGUGGCCCGGGAGUCGGUGCGGCGGAAGGGCCGGGUGAACGUCAACCCGGAGGAGGGCAUCUGGGCCGUGGGGCAGUGCGGGGCCCAGACCUUGGCCCUCACCUCCCCCAAGAUCCCCCUCUCCCUGGCGGGCAGGCCCCGCGCCAUCGGGGUGUACCUGGACUGCGACGGGGGGCGGGUGGCCUUCUUCGCCCCCGAGAACGAGGCCCCCCUCUUCACCUUCCCGCCGGGCUCCAUCCCUGGGGAGAGCAUCCACCCCUUGCUGUGUCUGGGGAGGGGGGCCCGGUUCAGGCCCCGCCCCUGCCCCGCCGGCGACGCUACAGAGGCUUAGAAAUCCGCCCCUUCUGCUAAGCCCC